UGACACUGCUUCUACUGUUGUAUUUUGUGAAGAGCUAUCUACAAUCCAUGACAGCAAGACUUGAACAAUGGAGAGUUAAAAGAAGGGACACAGAGGAGUGGAUGAGGCACCGUCAACUGCCUGAAGAUCUGCAAGAUCGUGUUCGUCGGUUUGUUCAGUAUAAAUGGGUAGCUACAAGAGGUGUAGAGGAAGAAGAAAUAUUGCGUUCCUUACCCUUGGAUCUAAGGCGCCAGAUUCAGAGGCACCUCUGCCUGGCUCUUGUUCGUCGUGUCCCUUUCUUCUCCCAGAUGGAUGAUCAGCUGUUAGAUGCAAUAUGCGAAUGCCUUGUUUCAUCAUUGAACACGAAAGACACGUAUAUUGUUCGGGAAGGAGAUCCGGUGAAUGAGAUGCUUUUCAUAAUUAGAGGUGAACUUGAGAGUUCAACAACUAAUGGAGGAAAGUCAGGCUUCUUCAACUCCAUUAUGCUAAAGCAGGGUGAUUUUUGUGGAGAAGAAUUGCUAACAUGGGCCUUAGUGCCUAAUCCGAAUGUUAAUCUUCCAAUUUCAACUCGAACAGUGAAAUGCCUUAAAGAAGUUGAAGCAUUUGCACUUAAAGCUGAAAAGCUCAAGUUUGUUGCAAACCAGUUCAGACGUCUCCAUAGUAAGAAAUUACAGCAUGCAUUCCGGUUCUACUCACACCAAUGGAGGACAUGGGGAGCUUGCUACAUACAAGCUGCAUGGAGACGCUAUCGGAGGAAAAAACUAGCAGAGGAAUUGUCAAUAGAAGAGAGCUUGUACUACACACGAGGGAUGGACCAAGAGGAUGAUUAUGGUCACGAAUAUCCAGAAGCUGGUUAUGACGGUGGCAAUGCUUCGGAUCAUGCAACAGAAAGCAGUAGUCAGCAUCUUGGAGCUACAAUAUUGGCAUCAAGAUUUGCUGCUAACACCAGAAGAGGCAAGGUGCCACGGGUGGACCCUGGUGAAUCCAGCUUACGUAUGCCUAAACUCUUUAAGCCUGACGAGCCUGAUUUUUCUGAUGAUCAAAGAUGAACGCCAUAGUCACUGAUGAAUCAGUUCUUGUUUUUGGAUCGAAGUUAGAGUUAGUCUUUAGGCUGCUUGUUGCCCAGUUACUUGUUCACAGGUCACCUUUUGCUGUUUCUUGUUAUCCAAAAGAAACUGUUACUACCAAUUCAUUCACUACUACAUAGUGGUUAACUACUUCACAAAUGUAAAUAAAUUGCUUGCUUUAAUCGUAAGGACUCCUUUUGUGACACCCCGUGGU